AUGCCACAAGGUAAUGCGUCUCUUGGUGAAGAAAAUAAUGAGAAAAAACAACUAAAGGAAAACUUAAAAAGAGGACUUCAGGCAAUGUUCGCCGCACGAAAUACAGGAGACCAGAAACAUUCAGAUGAUGAGAGUGCAGAUGAUGAAAAUCCACCACCUCAAAAUCAAACGGAGCGUGAUGCAGUAGCAGAAGCAGUACUUAAUAUAUAUACAAAGAGUAAAGUUAUUGAAAUCAACAACAUUCGUUUGUUUUCUCUUGAUGAAGUUGAGCUUGAGAAACUGACAGAAUGUACAUCUCUUUCGCUUCGAAAAAAUCUUAUCCAUGAGUUAUCUCCUCUUCCAGAAGAUUUGGCUUCUCGUCUUGAAGAGUUAGAUUUUUUUGACAACAAAAUUCGUAAAUUGAGAGACUUCUUUUCAUGCGUAAAAACUCCAGGGGUCGAAUCUAUCAAGCGUGAUGUGGUGAGUGCCUUCCCUCAUCUUACUAAAUUGGAUUUGAGUUACAACCAAAUACGAGAGAUUAAUGGGUUGGAUCCUCUUGCACCGACAUUAAAGGAGUUGUUUCUGGUAGAGAACAAAAUAAAAGAAAUAAAAAAUUUGGACGCCCUCGUGAAUUUAGAGUUGCUUGAAUUGGGAGGCAAUAGAAUUCGUGAAAUUGGUUCUGGUUUGGAAAAACUUACGAAAUUGAAGCAGUUAUGGCUUGGUAAAAAUAAAAUUACUGGAAUUGGUACAUCAAUUCAAAAAUUGGUGUCAUUAGAAAUUCUUAGCUUACAAGCCAAUCGCAUCACAAGUAUUGAACCAGAAAACUUUCUGGGCCCCGAUGGAAAUCCUCAUUUACGUGAGGUAUACCUUUCGGAGAAUGGAUUAACGUCAAUUCAAAACCUGGAGCGUCUUUCUGAGGUACGGAUUAUCGAUCUUAGCUUUAAUCCGAUAUCUUCUAUAAAUGCCGAUGUAAUUAAUCCACAAACUAUGCCACUUCUUGAAGAGUUUUGGCUCACUGAUGGUAAUAUAGAAAACUGGGAUGAAGUGGGAAAAUUGAGCGCCUUUAAAAAUACUUUGAAAACUGUAUAUCUUGAACGAAACCCUAUUGAAGAAGACAAAAGGUACCGUGAUAAGGUUUAUAUGUACCUUCCAUUCUUGUUGCAGAUUGAUUCAUGGCCAAUUGUCAACAAAGGGGAUUUAGAGUCUGAUCGAAAGCGGAGAGCUUAG